AUGGCGUGGGUUCCGCAACGUCCCUUCGGGCCAUGGCCUCUUGACACUGCAGCUGCCAGCAAUUUGUCGUGGCCACUGGGGCACCAGCCGGGUCGCUUGGAAACCUGGGGUCACCGGGGAGAAGUUCCGAUACCCUGUUGGAAGACCACGGUGCUGCACGACUCCAGGUUGGGUUGGGCAGGGCGCUGCGAGAACCUGUUCCAGCUGGAUAAGUUGGAUUCACCUGGCCUCUGUCAGAAAGCCUGUGUGGAAGAUCCCCGGUGUCCUGUGUGGCAGUUCCGGACGGAUUCGCGGAGCUGUUGGGUGGGCUUCGGCAUUCAUUGCGACAGUCCAUCAGCUGGAUCCCUGAUGGGCGUGGGCCGCGCACCAGUGGAUGCCCAGCGGCUGCUGCAUGGCACCGUGUAUGUGGUGCGGCAGCUGGUGGGUGUGAAGGUGCAGAAUCUUUUCCCCAUGGGUCAGCCGGGUGCAUCCCAGGCUUCAGAUGCCUUCAGCAUCGAACGGUGCAAGGCCUGGUGUUAUUCCAACAUUGCCUGCCAGUAUUGGCAAUUCUCUCAAACCGAGGGCUGCUUGGUAGAUGCACCGAUGCUCAGCAAGACUUUGGUGCCUUACCCCUUGACUACCUCAGCAUUGAGCAGUGGUGCUGAUGCUCACAACAUCAUUGCAGGAGAAUACAUUCAUCACUACUGCCCCAACCGAACCACUGCAGAUGUGGAAGAUGCCCCCAGCGUUUUCACCCAUGCACCGGCCAACCUGGCCGUUCACAGGGACCAAGGUGCUCCACGUGGCUGGCCUUGGGUGGUGGUGAGUUUGCUGUUGACCUUGGUUCUGGCCGUGGCUGGCUUUGCCUACUAUGCCUUGAUCUGGAAGGGUCGACGGGGAGCAAGACGAACGCCCCUCCAGUCCGAUGGACUUGCCAGGGCUGCACCACAGGCGCCGGAGGGUGCCAACUUUUUGCCUGUGCAGGUUGCCCGUGUUCAAACGCCUUCUGCUGCCCCAACGCCAUCCUCGGGUUAUCCCACACCAACGGCCUACCGAACGCCACAGCAUACGCCCCAGCCGCGGAAUCAAAUGUUCAGCCCCUACGGGCAAGCUGGAUACUCCCCAGCGUGUGCUCGGAGCACCCAGUUCGAUGAAGCCCAGCGACUGUGGAAGGACAUGGAUGACAUGAAAAUCGUGCCCAACAUCAUCUCGGUGACUUCGGCCAUUGAGGUUUGUGCCAAAAGUCGCCCCAGGCGUCAGGACGAGGCCGAGCGCCUCUUCCGUCAGCUCGUGGGAUCGUGCCAUGUACGGCCGGAUACAAAGCUGAUCCGUACAAUGAUGCGUGCAGUUGGGAUGAACAAAUGCAUGGAGCUCUGCCGUGAGUUGGGAGUCGUGGACGCCGCGUUGCAGGCGUUGGCCGCCUCCUUCUCCAAAGACGCGGUGGAUGAGGAAAAAGUCGCGGCAGUGGUCGGAGUUUGGAAGAGCGCUCAGGUAAGUGGCCCCGGGCAUGCGCGCCUAGAUGCGCCUAGGCAUGCGCUGGCCACUGGAUCUCGAGGUGGCCGUUUGUGGCUGGUCAUGGGUUGUACCUCAUCUGGGGCCGUGGUGCCACUGGAAACCUCAGAGGGCCAGUUUUUCCAGCGCUACAAACUCGGCAAGAAGCUGGGAGAGGGCGCCUUUGGACAGGUCCGUUUAACGACCAGAAUCGACGCCGGGGAGAUGUAUGCCGUGAAGAUCAUGGAUGUGCGCAACUCUUCGGAUGAUUCGAGGUUGGACUCAGAAAUUUUGAGGGAAGCGAGAAGCGAAGCUCGACUGCUGAGCGAAGUUUCAGGGCACCCCAAUGUGGUUGCUCUGCAUGAGACCUACCUGGAAUCUCCAGGAUUAUACUACAUGAUCAUGGAAAGGUGUUACGGUUCACUGAUGGAUAGCCUUUGUGACAUGCCAAAGCUGACCGAGGGGCGGCUACGGCGCAUGUUCCGACAGAUGCUACUUGGCAUUGGGGCAUGUCACGAUGCGAGGAUUGUCCACAGAGAUGUGAAACUGGACAAUUUUCUUUAUGGCGGGCUUUUCCAGGAGACCAUCAAGCUCUCAGAUUUUGGUUUGGCAGUCAAGCUUGGAAAACGUGGUUAUGUGAAGGGUGUCUCUGGUACAGCGCCAUACAUGUCUCCAGAGAUGUUGGCAAGAAAACGAUACACGACACAGACAGAUGUUUGGUCGUUUGCAUCUACGGUGUAUGUGAUACUUUAUGGCGAUGUGCCUUACUGCCCUUCCGAGCCAACAGCUGCGUCUGUGAAGAAGGCCAUUGUCAAUGCUCAUCCUCCGCCGCAGUGGGCGCGGAAUGCGAAAUUGGCCAAGCACUACCAGCAGCCUUCCUCAGGGGCAGAAACCUUCUGCCGCUAUUUGCUGAUCAGAGAUCCGGCAGAGCGCCCCACAAUUUCUGAUGCGUUGAACCACCCUUUCGUAGAGGCACGCGGCGUGGAAGAAAUGCUGCCCCUCAGAGUUUGGCAAAUGUUCGAGGGUAACUUCUGA